AUGUUCUCCAGCGACAAAUCAUCGCGACAGUCGUCUGGCGGCAAAUCCUUCUUCUCGCGCAAAAAGGACAAGGGAAGUGGAGAUGCGAGCGGACAUGGGCCAUAUGCGCCAUCCAUCCAGGAAGAUGAGCACUCGCACGACCGUGCACACCGAAAUUCCUCCUCGACCGUAGACCAGGAGGAGUAUGGCAGCAGUUUCAAGGGCGGCGUCAAUGGGCUGGACAUGCAGGCCGGGGUAAUCACGAGCAUACCCUACGACUCCAUGCCCAAGGACACGCGACAGCCCAUGCAUGUGGAUCAUGACCACCGCCCCGUUUCCCGUCGCGAACCCCUCCCACAUCACCUCAACAAGGGCGGUGGUGACUUCCAUCAAUACCCCGUCUUCGAUCCCUCGGCUCCUCCACCCCGUCCACCCACCCACGGCAGCACUUCGCGGGGAACGCGCGAGUCCGAUGCCAUGCCCCACGGCAGCAAUGGCUACUCCCACUCGCAGUCGAGGAAUUCCAGCGAUCAUGGCAGCAUCCGCUCCGUGGCUUCCUACGAUCGCAGGCCCGGCACCAGCCAGACCUCAUUCCCGGGAUAUCAAGAUGUUGGCUCUCCCAAGGAAAAGGACCGACAUACCCACUUCUUGAAUGCACAUAACCCCUCGGCAUUCUCCAGCUCGGCCUCCUUCGCCCCGGAUGGAUUCAUGCUGCACCGACCUACCGAUGAUAAGGUCAUCGAAAAGGAAUUCCUGGAGUUGAUGCUGAAGCGAGGAUGGAAGAGCUUGCCCGAACAGGCGCGGAGGCAGAUGGAAGCAUAUCCCAUUAGUAAAAAGUGGACAUUGGUACAUCAGGACCGCCUGGCAGAAUGGCAGGGAGAGCAGAAACGAAGACACAUGUCGAGGAAUACCAUCAACAGUCAUGAUGGCCUCAUCUUUGGACGCGCGGAUGAGGAGGGCAGUCCGGAGUGGUACGUCAAGAAGAUUCUGGAGAACUCUGUCUCGCCCAAACAAUUGCAAAGCUUGUCCGUCAGCUUGCGGACGCAACCCAUUGCGUGGGUCAAGGCUUUUGUGGAGUCGCAAGGACAGAUUGCUUUGACGAAUAUGCUCGGGAAGCUUAACAGACGACAGGUUUCUGGUCCGGCGCCGGCCACUUCCACCACCGAAAGAGAUCUCGACCGCGAGUACGAUAUUGUGAAAUGUUUAAAGGCGCUGAUGAACAACAAAUAUGGUGCCGAUAAUGCGUUGGCGCAUGAUAACAUUGUCAUGGCGCUUGCUGCUUCUUUGACUUCUCCCAGGUUGAAUACAAGAAAGCUGGUGUCGGAGUUGCUCACAUUUUUGUGCCACUGGGCUGAUGGGCAGGGUCAUUUGAAGGUGCUACAAGCUCUGGAUCAUCUCAAAGCACAGCAGGGAGAGAAUGGAAGAUUUGACUCGUGGAUGCGAAUUGUGGAGGUCACCAUUGACGGGCGAGGGAAGAUGGGUUCUUUGGUGGGCGCGUCGGAUGAAGUGCGAAGCGGAGGAAUCGGCAUGGAGAACCUCCUCAUGGAAUAUGCCGUAACAUCGCUGUUCUUGGUCAACUCCAUGGUGGAUGCGCCUGAAAGGGACCUGCAACUACGAUGUCACAUUCGCGCGCAGUUUGUGUCCUGCGGGUUGAAGCGGAUCCUCACCAAAAUGGAGGACUUCCAAUAUGAAGUCAUUGACAAGCAGGUGGAAAGAUAUCGAACCAACGAGGCGAUUGAUUAUGAGGACUUGCUGGAAAAGGAGAACAGCUCCAUGCACGAAAGUUUUGAAGGGGAGGGCCGGGACUUGAACGACCCUGUACAGAUUGUCGAGGCCAUCCAACACAGAAUUGCGGGAAGUCGAGAAGGGGACUACUUCCUCUCUGCACUGCAGCAUCUUUUGCUCAUCCGAGACAACGAAGGCGAGGAUCGAUUGAAACUCUUCCAGUUGGUGGAGAGUAUGCUUUCCUACGUAGCCAUGGACCGCAGGCUGCCCGAUAUGGACCUCAAGCAGUCUCUCAACUUCUCCGUCCAGGCUUUGAUGGAUAAGCUGUACACGGACUCGGAAGCCCGCCAAGCACGAGAGGCGGCGGAUGAGGCCAAGUUGAUUGCUGAUGCGGCUAUUGCUGAACGCGAUGAGAUGAAGUAUCAAGUCGAGCUUGGUGCUGAGGGUCUUGYGGCUAAAUUGCAGAAACAGGUUGAGGAGCAAGCAGCCAUCAUUGAUCUUCAAGGACGACAACUUGAAGCCUCCAAAGCUGAAGUUUCUGAGCUACAAAGAGUUCGCGCGCAAGAGUUGCAACGGAAUGAGCUUGAGACGAGAGAGUUAUAUCUCAUGCUUCGCGAUGCUCAAGAUAUCGCAGCUUCGAAUGCGAAUAAGGACGGCAAGACGGGUGAGGUUGCAGACCCUGCCACCAUGGCAGGUAUCCUCAACCGUGAAAGGUUGAUGGAUCGUCUGGAAAUGCAGCUGGAGCGUGCAAAGACGCAGGCCAAAUUGGAGGGCAAAGUCUGGCAACAGUUCAAUCCUAGUGACAAGCUUCGCGAACUUCGCGAGAAGAUGGAGGGCGCUGGUAUGGAGAUGGAUGGCUUAGCUGGACAAAUGCCAUACCUGGGCGCUGUAUCUCGAGCCAAGAGUGGCAUCACCCGCAAGCCAGUCAAGAAGUCUUCCGACGUUGAUGACGAGGAUGUGGAAGCCGAGGACGAAGCAGUGUUUGAGACGCCAAGGCUUGUUGAGCUGACAAGACCAAAGGUGCCUACCAAUGUUGCCAAGGACCGGCAGGGAUUGCUGUCGGAGCUUACCAGCAAAACACAAAGAAUUGGCGGGAGUGAUGAUGAAGAUGAGGGUGAUGGAGUCACUACUGGUCCGAGCCAUCCAAGUAUGGAAAGCGAGACUCCACCGACACCAACUAGUGAUGCAGCGGUGGAUGGCAAAUUCGACGGUGCAAUGCCUCCUCCCCCUCCUCCUAUGCCUGGAUUUGGAGGAGCAGCUCCACCACCUCCACCGCCAAUGCCAGGCUUCUCUGCCGGCGGUCCACCACCACCUCCCCCUCCCAUGCCUGGUUUCAGUGGCGCAGCACCUCCUCCCCCGCCUCCUCCGCCAGGAAUGCCAGGAUUUGGUGGGCCACCCCCGCCACCUCCUCCCGGAAUGCCUGGCAUGCCUGGAAUGUCAAAUGGAGGCCCUCCUCCACCACCGCCACCGCCUGGAGCACCUCCACUACCUGGUCCAAACAGUGGAGGCUUUCUACCAAAACAAGGAUUCAGUACAGUCCCAGGCUCCAUGGGUGCCGUCGCACCUCGACCAAAGAAGAAGCUCAAGGCACUCCAUUGGGAGAAGGUCGACUCUCCUGAAAUCACCAUGUGGGCUUCACAUACACCAACACAUGAACAGAAAGAGGAGAAGUACCAAGAACUCUCCAAAAAGGGUAUUCUCGAUGAAAUUGAGAAACUCUUCAUGGCCAAGGAGAUUCGACAACUUGGCGGCGCGACUAAGAAGAAGGUAGGUGAGAAGAAGCAAAUCAUCGGCAGAGACCUCAUGCAUACCAUGCAGAUCAGUCUUGCCAAGUUUGCUUCCACCGAGCCGGAGGAAUUUGUACGCAUGGUCAUACACUGUGAUCGCGAGAUUCUUGACAAUGGCACUGUCAUGGAUUUCCUCCAGCAGGAGCAUCUCUGCACCAUUCCUGAUAAUGUCGCCAAAGCCAUGGCACCCUACUCCAAGGAUUGGAAUGGACCUGAUGCAUUGAAAGCUGCAAGGGAGUCUGAUCCUGCUGAACUGACUCGUGAGGAUCAAAUCUAUCUCUACACUGCAUACGAACUGCAUCACUAUUGGAAAGCAAGGAUGCGGGCUCUCGUACUGACGAGAAACUACGAGCCCGAGUAUGAUGAAAUCUCCAACAAGCUCAAACAUGUCGCCAACACUUCCGAAUCCCUUCGAGAUUCCGUCAAACUUAUGCCAGUAUUUGGUCUCAUUCUGGAUAUUGGAAAUUACAUGAACGACUCGAACAAACAAGCCGUAGGCUUCAAACUCUCCUCGCUAGCACGCCUGGGAAUGGUCAAAGACACCAACAACGAAUCCACCCUCAUGGACUACGUCGAACGCGUGGUCCGCAAACAAUACCCUCAAUACGAAGGAUUCGCCGACGACAUCGCAGGAGWCCUGACGACACAAAAGAUCAACAUUGAACAAUUACAAAGCGAUGCGAAGAAGUACAUUGAUAACAUCAACAAUGUGCAGGCUUCUCUCGACGCGGGCAAUCUGAGUGACCCGAAACGCUUCCAUCCUGAAGAUCGAGUUAGUCAGGUAGUGCAGAGGAGUAUGAAGGAAGCGAGGAGAAAGGCGGAGCAAAUGCAGCUCUAUCUCGAUGAGAUGAAUCGGAUCUACGAUGAUAUUCUGACCUUCUUUGGAGAUGACAAUAAGGAUGAGAAUGCGAGGAGGGAGUUUUUCGGGAAGUUGGCGAAUUUCUUGAACGAGUACAAGAAAUCCCACGAAAAGAACCUCCUCCUUGAAGAAGCGUGGCGGCGCAACGAAGAGAAUAUGCGAAGGAAACAACUCAAGGGACAACUGUCCAGUUCCGCCGCCAUUUCCACCUCCUCUGCAGGGGAUGGGUCUGCAGGGGGGAGUCCCUCGACUGGCGCUAUGGAUUCUUUACUUGAGAAGUUACGAGCCGCGGCGCCACAGACUAGAGAUACGAGGGAUCGCAGGAGGCGGGCGAGACUAAAGGACAAACAUCAAGUCCGAGUUGCGAGUGGACAGCAGAUUCCUGAGACGGGGGAGAAUGUUGAGAAAGCCGAGGAAGGUGGGGGAAGUGUGGAUGAGAAUGGAUUACUCACCCCGGCGAAAUCCACCUCUGCUGGGGAUGGGGCAGGUGCAGGUACCGAGGGCGGUGUCUCCGAGGGCGAAGACAUUGCCGAUCGAGCGGCCAGUCUGCUACAAGGUCUGCGAGGGGAUGGGGGCGAAUUGAGUGAAGUUCCCAGUCGAGAUGAGAGUGGGAGUUUAAGGAUUCGAAGGAGGAGGGAAAGUGCUGAUGAUGAGAGGGCUAGGAGGAGGGCGAGGAGACGAGGGGCCGGCACGGGGGGAAGUCAGGAUAUGAGUGGAGGGAAUAAUACCACGAUUGCCGAGGAGGGAGAUACUUCUUCCAUCUCUCUUGUUGGUGGUGGUGGUGGUGGAGAAGGGGAGAAAGAGGCGGGGACCGGGGAGAAGGAUGGUGAAAUGGAGGAUGUUGUUCAGAGUCAUGCAAGUCAACAAGGCGAGGAGGAGGAGGAGGAAAGCAGCGUGUUGGUGUUGCCCACUACGGUCGUUGUGCCGCCUAGUCCGGAGGCCUCUUCGCCUGAUCAUGAUGAUGAUGACGACGAUGAGAAAGGGAUCAAGGGCCAUGGGGAGGUGGAGGAAAUCACGCUGGAGAGUUAA